AUGCAGUCAAGAUUCAUCGCCCUCACGCUCGCCUCGCUCACCUUGGCUUCCCAAGCGCUGGCAUGGGGAUGCAUCGGACAGGAUUGCAACGACGCCGCCAACCAGAUCGCCUUUUCGGUGCCACAGCCCGAGCAGGCUCACAAGUCCGCCUGGGACCCCACCCCGGGCGGAGGCUGGCAAUGGUCUAGCUGCGGUACGGGUGACGAAGUCGUCAGCGUAGACAGCAUCGUCGUCAGCCCCGACCCGCCCGUCCCCGGCCAGAACCUCACCGUGCGUGCAAAGGGCACCAUCAAGGACGAAGUCAGCGACGGCACAUUCGCCGAUGUCGUGGUCAAGCUCGGUCUGAUCAGGCUCUUGGCUCGACGAUUCGAUGUAUGCGAGGAAGCCCGCGCCAACAACGCCGACCUCCAGUGCCCGCUCUCCGCCGGCGAUUACGAGCUCGAACAGACCGUCGCUCUGCCCCGCGAGAUCCCGCCCGGAAAGUUCAACGUCCACGUCACCGGCGAGAACCAGGACGGCUCCAACCUGGUCUGCCUCGAUCUCAGCAUCCAGUUCGGCUUCCGUCGAUGA